AGUUGAUAUCAGAACUAAUAUGUCCAUUCUGGUGUCAACCAAAGUGGAAAAGGAAGAAACUUAUCAUCUUACAUGAAUUCAACUAGCUUCAUCCAUAAAUUUGAGGCCCCAUAAACAGGCAUCAGCACAUGGUUUUGUCUAAUCCAGUGGUUAGUGGCAAAAACUUCAGAUCCAACUCAACUACUGUUUCCAGCCUCUUGUAUAAAUAAUACCCCUUCCAUGAGCCUUUUCAGCAUCAACCACGAACAUAUUGAUUCAGCCGUCAAAGGUCUAUAGAUAUAUACCUGCUUUACCUUCUUGUGUUCCAAUCUUCCGGAGAAAAGAACGAUGGUCAGUGUUAAGAAACUCAUAAAGAUGGCAAGGAGAUGGCAGAAGUUUGCGGCCAUGCAGAGGAAGAGGAUUUCACUUCCAAGAAAUGGCAAUGCUGCAGACAGUUGUAGUACAUAUUCUUCCUUUAUAGCAGGAAAAGGCCAGUUUGUAGUAUAUACAACUGAUCAAAGGCGCUUUGUGAUUCCAUUGGCUUAUCUAGAAAAUGAGGUCAUUUUGCAACUUUUAAACAUGUCUGAGGAAGAGUUCGGGCUGCCAAGUGGAGGCCCUAUUACAUUACCGUGUGAUUCAGUCUUCCUGGACUACAUCAUUUCACUAAUCAAGAAAGGUGCAGCUGCUGGAGAUCUUCACAAAGCAUUGCUCCUCUCAGUUACUUCAUGUUGUUGUUCAACUUCUUCUUUACACAAAGAAUGGGGAAACCAGCAGCUUCUUGUUUAUUGAGUCGUGAUCAUUAUCUUUAGUAAAUGAUAGAUCAAAACAGAUUGUAUAGUAGAUGAAAAGUAGGCACAUGAAAGUAUGUAGAUGCAAUAGAGUUUUAUCUGAAUCUAACCAGAUUUAUUGCUUUCAAUUUACUGA